AUGAGACUGCCAUUCUAUAUGUGCAUGACCUGCUUCCUCGAACAGUAUCAGAGAGAGUCUCUCUGUGUGUGUAGCAUUUUCCACUUGGUGACCGAAGUACAGCAGCUUCUCUCCUAUAUCCAACCCUUACUGUCCAGCUUGAAUUCAAUGGGUUUUGCUGAGUCUGAGAACGGUCAACUUGUACUUCCUUAUUUCAGUUCCUCUUUGAUCGGUUGUUCCUGUAUUCCACGUUAUUCAGACGCUCCAUGUGACUACAAAAAUUGUUGCUCUGAAUGUUGGAAUAGAGCAUCG